CGGCGCGGAGCCGCGAUGUCUCCGGCGGCUGCGGCGGCUGGGGGAGGCGACCGACGGCGGCCGAUAGCGAGUGUCAGGGAGGGCCGCGGCUGGGGCUGUGGCGGGCCGGCUGGGGCGGCGCUUCUCGGCCUGUCGCUGCUCGGCCUCGUGCUGUACCUGGUGCCGGCGGCGGCUGCGCUGGCCUGGCUGGCUGUGGGGGCUACUGCGGCCUGGUGGGGACUAAGCCGCGAGCCCAGAGGUUCGCGCGCCCUCUCCUCGCUCGUUUGGAACGCGCGGCGUCAGCGAACACUGCUCGCCUCGCCUCCUGCCAAAUCGGUAGCAAACGGAAAUCUCCUAGAGCCGCGGAGCCCGCUCGAAGGACCUGACCCCGCUGAACUGCUCCUCAUGGGCAGUUACCUGGGCAAGCCCGGCCCCCCGCAGCCUGCCCCCGCCCCGGAGGCCAGGGACCUGCGGGAGAGGCCGGGCCGCCGCCCUCCUGUCCGCACCGCAUCGCCGGGUCAGUCGGCGCAUCCCCAGCGUGUUCAGAUUCACCCCUCCCUCCCCACGUCUCUUCUCCGACCCUCCAGGAGGCCUUCCUACCGGGACUGUGGGACUUUAUCACAUCGGUUUGUAGUAACACCUCGCAGGCGCUAUCCAAUCCAGCAGGCCCAGUAUUCCUUGCUGGGGGUACUUCCCACAGUAUGCUGGAAUGGUUGUCACAAGAAGACCGUGCUGUCUGCUCGUAAUUCCAAAAUGGUGUGCAGCCCAGUGACAGUGAGGAUUGCGCCUCCGGAUAGCAAACUGACUCGAUCUCCAGUACCAGAACAGAUUAUCAACUCAACACUGUCUUCACCAUCAACUAGUGCCCCAGAUCCAUGUGCAAAGGAGACUGUACUGAAUGCCCUCAAAGAGAGAAAGAAAAGGACAGUGGAAGAGGAAGACCAAAUAUUUGCUGAUGGCCAGGAAAAUAAAAGAAGACGCCAUGAUAGCAGUGGGAGUGGACAUUCAGCAUUUGAGCCCCUGUUGGCCAAUGGAGUCCCUGCUGCUUUUGUGCCUAAGCCUGGGUCUCUGAAGAGAGGUCUUAAUUCACAGAACUCAGAUGAUCACCUGAAUAAGAGAUCCCGCACCUCCUCUGUGAGCUCCUGGACGAGCAGCACGCACACAGGCGGCAUCCCCAGCCCCAGCCGCAAUGCCAUCACCAGCUCCUACAGCUCCACUCGCGGGCUUUCUCAGCUGUGGAAGAGGAGUGGUCCCAGUUCAUCUCCGUUCUCCAGCCCAGCCUCAUCCCGUUCCCAGACACCAGAGAGGCCAGCAAAGAAAAUAAGAGAAGAGGAGCUUUCUCAUCAUUCUAGUUCUUCAACUCCAUUGGUAACAGACAAGGAGUCCCAGGGAGAGAAGGUUGCAGAUCCAACCACAUGGAAGAAGCAGAACUCGUGGAAUUCCCCAUCAACACCUGGCAGCUCCGGGCAGCGUAAACGGAAGGUUCAGCUGCUGCCCUCCAGGCGAGGAGACCAGCUGACCUUGCCUCCACCUCCCCAGCUUGGUUAUUCAAUCACUGCUGAGGACUUGGACUUGGAAAAGAAAGCUUCGUUACAGUGGUUUAACAAAGUCUUAGAGGAUAAGACUGAUGCUGCCUCAGCCUCUGUCACUGAGACCUCACCUGUCAGUCAGUCUUCCUUCACUUUUACCUCGCCUGCCGUUGGGACUGCUUCAUCCCCAACCUCCCUCCAAGCGCCUAGUGCUAACCCACUGUUGGAGAGCUUGAAGAAGAUGCAGAAUUCCCCGGGCCUACCUUCCCUCCCUGAACCUGCUGGAGUGACCACCACUGUGGCCGAUUCGCCUCCAAAGACACCCAGUCCUCUGGCCUCUCUGAGCUCCUCACAGUCAGGGGCCGUUCCGGCCACCUCCUCUGACUCCAGAUCCACCACUGCUGUCUUGGGGCUGACCCCAGCUUCUUCCCCAGGACCCAUCACUGAUGCCGCCAAGUCCCCUUCGGCUGAGACAUCCGCCAAAUCCCAGGCCCUGUCUACCCCUCCUCCCAGUCCCAAGCAGAGUAUCCUGUUUGGAAUGCUGAGCACCCCAGCUGCUAACCCUCCUGCCUCUGUAGCCCCUGCUGUGUCUUCAGCAUCACCCACAUUCAAACCCAUUUUUGUGGCCCCCCCAAAAAGCGAGAAUGGGGACCCCUUGCCCUCUAGCCCUUCCACAGUCACGGCCGUGGCAUCUUCCAGCUCAGCCCUCCCCACGACUACCAGCAGCCCAGCCCCCGCUUUCAAGCCAAUCUUUAGCAGCGUGGGGCCACCCACAUCUAUGCCCGGGUUAACUCCCUUCUUCAAGCAGACAGCUACUCUGGCCACUACCACGAGUGCCCCUCUCUUCACCGGCCAGGCCACAGCCACCUCCACAGUGACUUCCGUGAGCACGGCCAGCACCUCCACAGACUCUGCUCCGAAGCCCGCCUUCAGCUUCGGUGUGAGCAGUGUGACCAGCACCCUGAGCAGCGUGACUAGCACCACUGCUUCCAUCUCCCAGCCCUUCCUCUUUGGGACUCCCCCGACUUCUGGUGCCAGCUUCACCCCAACUGGGGGCUCCAUAUUCCAAUUUGGCAAGCCCCCCGCCAUGCCCGCCUCCACAUCAGUCACCACCUUUGGCCAGUCGCUUCCCGGUGCCCCUCAGACAGCCCCCAGCAGCAGCAGCGGCAGUGCUGGCUUCAGUGGUUUUGGCAGCAGCCUCAGCACCUCCGCCCCGGCCACCGCCGGCCAGCCCACGCUGACAUUCAGCAGCAGCACCGCCCCGGCCUUCAGCCUGCCCUUCGCCUCAGGCGCCAAGCCCCCACUUGCCUCCCACCCGGUCGCCAACCCCCAGCCCACCUUCGGGGCCGCCGAGGGGCAGCCACAGGGGGCUGCCAAGCCGGCGCUCGUGCCCAGCUUUGGCAGCUCCUUCACUUUCGGGAACUCUGCGGCUCCAGCCCCGACUGCGCCCCCAGCGCCGACCCCAGCCCAGCCGGCGUUCGGUGGCCUGAAAGCUACACCCUCCGCCUUCGGCACCGCCGCCGGCACCCGGCCGGCCUUUGGCAGUGCCACCGCUGUUUUCUCCUUCGGUGCGGCCACCACCUCUGGCUUUGGCACCACCACCCAGACCACCAGCAGCGGGACCAGCGGCUCGGUGUUCGGCGGCACGACACCGUCGCCCUUCACGUUUGGGGGGCCGGCAGCCGCAGCUGGGAGCGGGGCCUUUGGGAUGAGUGUGGCCACCCCGGGCACCAGCGCUGCCUCUGGAGCAUUUGGCUUCGGGGCAGGACAGAGUGGGACCACUGGCGGCACAGCGCCUUUUGGGGGAGGCUUGAGUCAAAACAGCCUGGGCGCGCCCAACCAGAACACACCCUUUGCCUUCAGUGUGACCAGCACGCCGGACAGCAAACCUGUGUUUGGAGGCACCUCCACGCCCACCUUCGGUCAGAACACCCCAGCCCCUGGAGUGGGCGCAACUGGCAGCAGCCUCUCCUUUGGGGCAGCGUCAGCGCCUGCCCAAGGCUUUGUUGGAGUCGGACCUUUCGGAUCGGCAGCCCCUUCCUUUUCCAUUGGUGCGGGAUCCAAGACCCCAGGGGCUCGACAGCGGCUGCAGGCCCGGAGGCAGCACACCCGCAAGAAAUAGCCUUCGUCCCUCACCCAGCCCCCCACCACCCCUUGCCCAAAUCUGGACCUCGGCACCUGCUAGGAAGAGCCUCUGAUCCUUCUAGUUCCAUAAAGCAGACCAACCCCAGACCUCUGGCUUCAGCCCCCGGGGAGGUAGUGGCAGCUCCAGGGGCUGUUUCCCUCUUUCAGGAAGCAGAAGCCCUAGGUCUGGGGGGUCAUGGGGGAGGGAUGUGGCAGGGCAGAAGCCUGUUACCUUACUUGAACAGUUGAACUGGUGAAGCUGGAGAGAACUAAAGAAACAUCUGUACAUACUGUCCACUUCCUUCCCCGACGCUCGUGUAGUGUGUAAGCUCAGGCAGGCAGCCCCCUGCCCGCCUUCCCCCGAGAACCAUCUUGGCCGGAGGCCAGCAGGUCAAGCCCCGCCACCUGCAUCUCCGUGCACUUGAUGGGUUGGGGUGGACUGUCCGCGAAGCUGCACCGGGCUUGGCUUGGCUGUACAGUGGCUUUCCCCUUCCAGUCCCAUGAGGGGACUCUGUUUCCCCACUUCUUGCUGCUUCAUCCCUCACCGGUUCCUUGCAGGGUCGAUUCCUUUUAAAAUGAUCCUGAGUCUAGCUUUGCCUUGGAGACCCCAGCAGGUGCGGCUCCUGCUAUUCCACUUCCUCCUGCCAAGUCCAAGCCGACCUUUCAUCCCCAACCCACUCUGCCAGUUUGACCCCUCAAAGCUUGGUGGCUCAAGACUGUUAGCCUGGCAGACCCAGGGGUGGUGCCUCCUCCGGGAGAGGGAAGCUCUUGGCACAGGCAGGACACAUCCCCCCCCACAGCCACCCACCCCGCUGCUUUCAGCUGCCUCCUCAUCCACCGUCCCCGUUGGUCUCACUGGGCCUGUCUGCCUCUCCGGGAUCGUCUGUUUGAAGCUUUGUCCUGUGUUAUUUUGUCUGAUGCUCAUGUGUAUUGCUCUUUGAAUCGAGUUUGGAGGAAGAACUGAAUUGUAUGAGUGGCGGCAUGUUGGUAGUGCCGGACUUAACUGUUUCUAAGUUUCUGGGGCCUCGCUAAUUGAGUGUGGAAAGUGGCACCACUCUGCAGCUAUAGGCGCCAAGCCUUGAAUUCUCACAUGGUGUUUCGACUUUGAGGGCUGGCAGCCCAGGAGGAUGGGGCCAAGGGGAGGCCAAGGCUUCUGCCCUGUGCUUGCUUUCCCACCUACCUAACCUCACUGUUCGUAGUAUAUGGUAGAAACCCUAAAUUAACGAACCACGUUUUAAAAUUGUUCUUACUUCCUCCAUCCCUUCCCUUCUCCCUUUGUUCCAAAACCCCUUACCCCCGGCCCAUGAGCCUUGCUGCCAUGCCCAUCCUCUUUGGGAGAAGUAUGAAUGCGUGUGUCUAAAUUAAAAGAAAAAAAAAAUAUUUAAACAUUUUUUAACAAUAAAAAUUUAUUUUUGUAUUUAAGCUAAAUUGCCUUUUAAAUUCCUUCAAGCUUGGUUCAUUGAGGUGGUUCAGUACAAAUGCUAUUUGACUAGAGAUUAGUUGUGUAGAGUUAAGUUAUGCCUGUGUGAAGAGGAGGCUCAGAUGCUGUCCCGGCAGCAUUCCUGAGGGACUUGAGCUCCUUCUGGAAACAGAAAAUGUAAUUCUUAUUUUAUGAAUAAUGUGACGUAGGUGUAAUAGUCCCCUCCCCUUUGUGACUGAGGGUGAAUGGUUCAUGGUGGGGGAUGCGCCUCCCCACCCUGAGAGCUCUCUUGCGUGUGGAGCUGAGGGGGGCCUGAGUCCCGAGUACCUGCUCGGAUGGGAGGGGCGGGCGUGGUUCUAGAAGUCAGGCUGCUGCCUACACCUCACGGAAGGCAGACCCUCAGCUUGAUUACCUCAGCUCCACAGGCGGGACAGUUGGUCCAGGAGCCCCCUGCCCCGAAUGUGAGCGUGUGAAUGCGGGUGUGGACACGUACGUGCACUGGACAGGGACGGGAGGCUGGGACUUUCCAUUGUAAACGAAGACUGAAUUCCUGUGAGUCUAGUUGGAAUGUUUAGUAUGAAUGUGAGAUUUUUCUCCUUGCUUAUGUCAUUAAGAAUAAAAAAAACUGUGAUCUAUCGUA